GCAAAAUAAGAAAAACAGACAAUAAAACUUUAUUAUUUAUUUUUUCUAUAUACAAUUAAUUAGUAUUUCAACAAAAUCUAUUCAUGACAAUGGAUGUUGAUGCAGACGAUUCUUCAGUUGAAAAUUCACAUCUUGAUGUGAAGUCUGAAAAUACGGACACUCAUCUGGAACUGUUGCGAACGAACAUGCUUGAGCGAAUAGCACGGUCGGACGCUCACUUCAAACACCAACAGAGAGACGAACCGGAUCUGGAGCUGAAAGAAAAACAUGAAAUCGCGUCCGAUAUUUUAAAAACGAACCUGCUAUUGUUUCUGUCCCGUUUUGGCAGUUACCUACUCCCUGAGGAUCUUCCAUAUUUUGCUGAGCAUCGUAAUAUGUACGAAGUCAAUUUUUAUCUCAAAGAAAUCGAGAAACGGCAUGAUGAAAUCUCGAACAGGAAGGUGGUAAAUAAUCGGAGGUAUGCAGCAAUGCAGGAGCUGAUGGCGGGUGGGGAGUAUUUCAGCGAGGACGAGAUGAAGUGGCGAGAUCCCUGGCUCUAUAAUCAGAUGGUGGGACAGUAUCUGACGGAGGAAGACAUCCAGGCUAAAGUCGACAAGUCGGAUCUGCGAUUUUCCUCGGUGCUUUUGAAACACAUGGACCAGCUGAGAGAGAACGCCUGGUAUGAAGUUCUGAAGCAAAAAGAGGAGGGACAGACAGAGGAAGAGGAGGAAAGUGAGGAGGAAGAAGAAAAAGAAGACAUGCAGGAACAACCAUGUGACUCGUCAGAAGAUGCUAAACCUAAGAUAUUGGAGACUGAAAAAAAUAUCCUGCGGUCUGAGUUCCUCCAGAUCAUGCAGGAAAGAUUCAUGUCCGGGAACGAUAAAACCUUUGAUUACAGCAAAGUUGACAAAAAUACGUAUUACGACAAUCUGGAGACACUGGGCAUAGACGAAGAAGAGAAAUAUUUUGAUGAUAAUGAUGAUGAUGAUAAUGGUGUUGUUAAGGCUAGUGGAUGCAUGCCCGUAGAUGAUGUUUCUUCAGAAUGUGGGAGCAUCAAGGAUCAUCAUACAAACCAUGGUGAACGGGUGGACAGUGUUGUUUGUGAGAGAGACAGUGUUUGUGAGAGGGACAGUGCUGUUUGUGAGAGAGACGGUGUUUGUGAGAGGGACAAUGUGGUUUGCAAGAGGGACAGGGACACGGACGAUUACAUGUCAUAUCCGUGUGAAGCUGUUUGUGAAACAACAGAGGCAGCAGAACAGCUCACAAACAUGACUGUCUCGAAAACGGACUCCAGUAACACUGUUACGUGUUGUGAUGCUGCACAAGACAUGGAAACUGCGGGCGGGAGCGGAUUCGGUUGAGAUGGAAUUAAAUGUUUCAUGUUUU